AAUUAUAAUUAUUGUGAAUGGUAAUACACCCUGAUCCGCCAUCAUACAAAUUAAAAUAAAUACUUGACAGAAAUAAAUCAAGUAAACGUUCCAUAGCUUUAAUUUAGGAACUAAACUAGCAAAUGGUGCUAGCUUUUCGUAAUGGAAUCAUCUGAGAAGAAAGAGCAUGAAUUACCCGACGGCUGGGUGUUGUGUAAGUCCAAGUCCAUUCCGGGAAGAAACUACUAUUUUAAUAGGAAAACUGGAAAAUCUUCAUGGACACAACCACAGGAUGACGACGAUUCCCAACAGAAAACUGGUAAAAAAGAAAAACCUGUCAAAAAACAGGACAAAAGAAAGAGAGAAGAGACUACGAAGAAAGUCGCGAAACGAAAAAGCGAUGGUUACGAAGAAGGUACUUCGAGGAAAAAGACCAAACAAGAUACUACAGAUGCUUCAAGCAGUAACCUCAGUAAUACCAGUAAAUCUGGUAACAACAGUAAGACUGGCAACUCCAGAAAAUUGGAUAACAGUAGUAAAAUUAGCAACAGCAGCAAUUGUAAUACCAAGGAGAGUCCAAUGCAAAAUGCAAAAAGAAUUAAAUUUGACAGCCCCCAAAGCACUAGCACUCCAAAGCUUCCAAAAAUCACUCCUUCCAAAAGUGCACCCAGUUCAGCAGAAACAUCACGUAAACAUUGUCCUGUUAAAAACUUAGCUAGUGCAAGAUUAGCGAACCUAAGGAGCUCGCUUAAUUCUGAGGUUAAAAAAGAAGAAUGUUCUGAUACAUCACAAAGCAAAAACAAAGUAAGCCCCAAAAAUGAAACUCAUCAAAGAUCCAAAAUUGAAUGUCCAAUGAAUGAAUCAAAAAGUACCCAUUCGCCGAGCAGUGACAGUUUACAGUCAAUUCCUUCUCCGUCACAAUUCUUAGCGGCAAACAAAAUAAUAUCUUCCAUGAAGGCACAGUUGCCUGAAGAAUAUUGUAGUAAGGAAAAGCAGAAAGACAUGUUUGCUGAUAUUGAGAAAGGCAUAAACAGUCAGACAACUGAAUAUCCAUUUUCAAAACACCCAGCUACACCGCCACAGUUUUCAGAAGCUAGUAAACUUGUAUCAGCCAUUAAAUCUAAAUUAGCUUACAAAGUGUCUUCAUCUAAAGACUCAAAGCCAUACACAUCAGCAAAAGACAGGAUGGAGUCGCUGAGAUCUAGUCUGAGUUUGGAGGCUGAAAGGGAAGAAGAGGAUAGUUUUUUAUAUCAAAGUAACAAAUUGGAUCCUAAAAAACAAGAUGAAGCUAUGGAGGUUGAAGAGAUAAGAGAGGUAAAAAAUGACAUUCCUACAUUUCCUGUGCAACAGGAACACCACGGAAACUCUGAUAAUGUGAUACUAGUUAUUGAUACUAACAUAUUUAUACAUGAACUCGACUUAAUUAAGAAUGUGCUCAAUUCACAUAUUAAAGGUUACAGUGAGCCACCAACACUGCUAGUGCCAUGGCGGGUCAUCAACGAGUUGGAUUUCAUGAAGGACCACAACAAUGGCAAAGCAUCAAUUUGCAAGCGCGCCAGAGCUGCCAUGGACUACCUUUAUAAGUCGCUACCUGAAAAUAAUCGGAUUAAAGGACAGUCGUUGAGGGAUUCUAAUUCUCACAUCUACCCUUGUGAGGUGCCAGAUGAUGAGAUAUUGAACUGCAGCCUACAACAGAUCGAGAGGGGAAGAAAUGUGAUCCUAGUGUCGAACGACAAGAACCUGUGCAACAAGGCGACGAUCAACGGCGUGAAGCGCAUCAACGUGCAAGAGCUGAAGGGGCUGGUGGAGAGCAAGCCGCAGCCCAGCGACCCCGACCUGCUGGCCAGCGUCAAGCGCUACCAGCAGACCGUCUACCAUCUGCUGGCCAACAUACUUGAGAACGAAAUGCGUGCGAAGUUCAACAACCUGUGGCAGCACGUGCUGUUCAAAGCGCCGCCCUGGACGUUGGCGGACGUGCUGCAAUGUUUGCUGCACCAUUGGGUGGCGGUGUUCAACGAGGUGUUCCCGCGGAUAGAGCCACUCAUCAGGGACCUCAAGGACAGCUUGAUGACUAUUGAGAGGAAAAAUUCAAACACGCUAACCCAAUCUGAGGUUGCUAAUUUCAAGGAACUAUGUUUGGAUGUCGCAAAACGGUGUCAAAUCAUACCAGAGUACAUGGAGUUGGCGAAGGCGACAGUUGAGCGACUGUUGCGCAACGGAAGCGAAGUUGACACAACUGAUGCAGUUGUUGACGCUUUUGAGGGCGUCUGGACAGUUUUCUCCAGCUAUUGCGCGAAGCUGGCCAAUGAGCUGGGCGUGCCGCACAGCAUAGAGGACAAGCUAUCGGGCAGCGAGCCGCUCGCAGCGCUCUCUGCCAAGUGGGUGCUGUUCAGCAGCAACGUCACCGACCUUACCACUGCCAUCGACAGCGUGCUCAGCACAGACAGCACAGACAGCAUGGAGGCGCGCGUGCACAGGCUGCAGUGCGCGCUCAACUCCGCGCUGGCGGCCAUCUGCACGGGCACCAACGUGACGCGGGACGAACUGCAUUCAUUUUGUAUCACAUGCAGGAGCAUGCUACAGGAAGCGCACACCAAGUUCUGCCAGCUGUCGGAGCUCCUGAACGUGUGUAACAGUAGGUUAGGAUAGGUCUGCGUAUUAGUGUGAAUUGAUUGCGUUGUACGUCACAAUUGAUGCGGUUACAUUAUAGUCUAAGAUCCGUUAUUACAAAUAUAUACCCUCAUCUGUUAUUCAAUAAGUUGACACUUUUUUUUUAAUGUCUUAAAUAGUUCAUUAUCGUUCUACUAGACUGAUUUUUUUUUUCAUAUUUUUUUGAGAGAUUAUGUUUUUGACAAUACGAGCCAAAACGCCUGUCGGCCAUGACAGUCUAUAUUUCAACUGUUUCAUGACGUCACUAUACUAAAUCCCAUACAUAUGGAGUGUUUAACAAAAAUAUUAAUUAACAAUUAGUUUGACGUUUAGUACAUAAAGUGUGUCAGUGACGUCACAAAAUGGACGACAGCGUUUUUGGCGUUUGGAAAAUUUGAUUAAAUACGUGAUAUUUUAAUUAAGUUUUUUAAGAAAUCCUUAACUUUUAUUAAUUGGUAUUGAUAUAUUUCGGACCCUUAUUCCAUGUACUACACUAAAUUAAUAUUGUUUAUAUUUAAAUUUGAUAUGAGUCAACUACUCCUAUUGUGAUUAGAAAUAAAUGGUAGAUAAUAUUCACCUUGACUAAUUGCACAUAGAUUGCCCAGUUAAAUAGUGACCAAACAAUAUAUAUAUUUUUUAAUUUAUAACUGAAAAUUUUUGGUCAACUUCCCUCAUCUGUUAUUUAAAAAAAAUGUAAAAUAAUAUCCCAAACAAAACUGAAAACACAUAGGUUGCCUGCUCUCAAGCUGGCACAACUGUAGUUUUGCCUAGAUAUUGUAUUAGUCCAGUUACUUUAAAAACCACUAUAUUUGGAAUACAAAUUAAUCGAGAAAACUCAAUUUGACAGAAGAGGGAAGUUGACCAAAAAUUUUCAGUUAUAAAUUUAAUAUUUUUUUAUUGUUUGGUCACGCUUUUAACUAGGCAACCUAUGUGCAAGGAGUCAAGGUGAAUAUUAUCUAUAUUUAUUUCUAAUCACAAUUGAAUAACAGAUCUAAUAACGGAUCUCGUACCAUAAUAUUUUAUUUGUUUUUUAAAUUGUAUUUUAGUUGUAUGUUUUUAUUUGUUAUUAUCCGUGAUAAACUUGACAAUAUCAUCAUCUAUUAUGACAAAUUCGUUAGUAACAUUCCCGAUGGCGGGUAAAGUACUACACAGCGCAUUAUGUUACGAAUAAGUCUUCAGAUAUCUCAGAAUAUCCUAUAUAACAUUAAUCGAUAUUAUAAUAUACGAGUAUGUGUAAAAUAGUUAAUAACCUAUUUAAUUUGAUUAAAUAGGUUAUUAAUUAUUUAAUCAAAUUAAAAGUUUCAUUUGUUUUAUAAACUUUUCUAUAUAUAUUGAAAAAAGACACAAAUAAAUAAAUAAAUAUAACAAAAUUCUUCACAUUGGAUUUUCUGUUAAAUCAGAGUGACGUCUCGUGGAUUUGUCAGUUUUCUUGGAUAAUAGCAAAAUAUUCAAAUAGCCUGCAAACCCAGCCCGCCUUUUAUUCUCCUCUUCUUGGUAGGUCCUGUAGUCCCUUAAAGUAGAUUGAUAAUAAUGACAUUAUAUCUCAGACUAAUUACAUAAAGACCUGCCUCGCUUAUAUACUUUUCUGUCAAAGUAUAUGAUCAACGAUCUAAUGCAAUUGUAAAAACUGUCUCGAUGAAACUGAAGAAUCGAUGUUUCAUAGAUGUAAUCGUGUUUGUGUAGUUGAAUGGUGUUAAUAACGGUCAACUUCUAGUCAAGUAUAAGAUAAUUACAUAAUCAAGCUUGUUUUCCUCAAAAAAAAACCAGGCAAUUUUGUUCGUGAAUUUAGGUGCGAUAGUCCUAGUCUUUUUAUAAUUAGUCUGAGCACUAUAUCGAUUGCGGAGGUAUUAAAAUCUAUUGAUAAAUACAGGGCUGGUUUCUCCACCUUCUGAUAAGUGUCGGAGAGGUUAUUCACAACUUUUGCCUUCUUCAUUUGAAAAAAAGUAAAAAAAAAUACUUUUAAACUAUCUCACACUUCCAAGAAAGUGGUGAAAUAUGCACUUUGCUGGCUAUAAUUUUUCAAAAUAGCCAAAUGUUACUUCAAAUGUAUGUUAUAUUUGUUAAAUAUUGGGUUUAGAUAUAAAUGUAAAUUAUGUAAUAAUAAGUAAUCGUUAUCGAUUGUGACCGUACCUUGAUCUAGUCGCAAUUUGUACAAACGUAUUGUCAUUUAGAGAAAUUUGUAUAAAGAAAUAUACUUUAUAUUUAAUGUUUACCUUCAAUUUGUUUAUGAAGUUUCUUUCAUGCUUAACAAGUUAACAACACAGUGCACUAAUUCUGAAAAAUACUGUAUGUAGUUUAAGAGCCCGUGUACGCUAGACCUUCGUCAUUUUAUAAAAGCUGAAAAUUUGUCAGCUCAUGCUUCUACCAUAAGUAAGUACAGUAGCCAAUUAUGAAGUUUGGACCGUGGUGGCUUUGGGAGGUAGCAGGUUUUAAGGAUAGACCCUAAACCGUCUAGGUAUGAAGUGUAAUUUUUUUAUGUUUUCCUCGGUAUAAUAUUAGAAAUUAUAUUCCCAGUCGCCAGUCACUUAGCUUUAUGGCAACCCUUCGAAAAACACUAUUUAAUUUGAUACUUUAAGAGUCUACUUUAUACUUUGAUGGUUGAGGGUCUGGAUCCUUGAAACCUGCUAUCUCCCAAAGCCACCACAGUCCUAACUCCGCAGUUGGUUACGGUACUCAUCUAUAGUAGGAGCAUGAGCUGCUUUCAGCUUUUAUAAAAUGACGAAGGUCUGGUUCUCGCUGGCUCUCCCUCUAUUGGGUUACCUAAUUAAAUGAUUUAUUAUUUUGUUUUUGUAAUUAAAUUAAUUUAUUUUAAGUCUGAUUUUUCUUAUACUUGAACAGAACUUACUUAAAUCAGUUUGUAACUUUUUCGCUUUGUACCAAUCAUGGACUAAUAUUUAUUUAGAUGCCGCUUUUUUAUUUAGUCUAAUCAAAAUGUAAACAAUUUUAAUCUCGCGUCUGUAGGCGAUUAUAAAAAGUUUUUAUUUAUUCAUCAAUAGAAUAUAAACAAAAUGAUGUAAUAAAUUUAUCGUUGAAUUAUUUUAUACUUUUUUUGCAAUUGACUGGCCUCACUGGUAUGGCCAGUUGAUUAUUAUUUUUCUCUUCAAGAUAUUUGGUAUUACUAUAAAAUAUAAUGAGUUUUUAAUCAGGCGGCAAUGACUGAAAAUCUUUUUUAACGCUGCUCUAUUAAUUCUUGCAAUCGCAGUUUUUUAAAACAAAUCAAAACACGGACCAUUUAGACAGACUGAGCGGUAUCUAGCUAAAUAAAAGUCCUUGGUACCAACAAUACAUUCUCGUAUUGUUGUUUGUAUUAUAAUCUUAUUUUGCACUUUUUAUAUGGGUUUUGUGAAUCAAAUAAUUAGGUAAUAUGGUAUGUUGAAAGGAACUUCAUUGUCUUCCAAGACUGACUAAUAAUUAUAUUUUGAUUACUUGAAUAAGUUAUUGUAUUUUUUUUUACAGAAUGUCCUCACAUUAAUAGCUUGCGUAAUGUCAGCCGCUGACUGUGACUCAACAAAAUAUUGAUAAAAAAUCAUAUAAUAAAGAGACAUAUGAGUUCAGAAUACUAGAGUACAUAUAUGUAUGUAUUAUAUGUACUAUAGUAUUCUGUAUUGUCUGAUUAAGGACUAUGCAUCUGAUUCUAAUUGAGGCCAGAUAUAUUUGUUUCUAUACCUUGUUGAUAUUACAUAAAACAAUAUAUUUUUUAUUUAACUCAAUUUAAAUCAUGAAUUUCAGUUAAUAAUUUAAAAAUGCCGGGAAAUCUAAUAAUAGAAAAACGCUCGCUGUUGGUCCGUUUGAAAAUUGACUUCAUUUUCCAUGUUAACAAGUUUAGUAGGUCUAUGCGACCCACAACAUUUCAUGGAAAGGCUAAAUGACCAUUUAUGGUUCUUUCGUCCAAAACCCAAAUAUAACGAAAGAGAGAGAGAUCGAGCAACAAUUCCGGUUCGGCGCUAUUUGACAUGGUGUAAAAAUGCUUUAAAUAUCUAAAUAUAUAAAUGCGAAAAGUCACUCAUCACGAAAUCUCAAAAACAAAUUGACGCAAAAAGAUGAAAUUUGCCAGGGAGGAAGUUUAUACAAUGGAUUUUGCAAGAUUUUCAAGUAUUUGAAGGUCUACGCGCGAAUGAAAUCACGGGCAUCCGCUAGUAUUAGAUAGGAGUUGCAGAAAAUAAUAAUGUUUUAUUUCGAGAAUUUACUUUUAUCAUAGUGUUGUCAGGAAUAGACUAAAAAAAUACAUGCAAAUUGUCUACUACUUGAUCACAGUCUGCGGUUUUUGGUACGCCGGGUAUGAAUGUUAUGGGUUUCUCGAAUGCAUUUGAAUUAUAUUGAAAAAACUUUUUCACUACAGCUGUUUCACGAGAGUGGGAUAUGAUUGGUGACUUUAGCUGGUGGGAGACUUCGGCCGUGGCUAGGUACCACCCUACCGGCAAAGACGUACCGCCAAGCGAUUUAGUGUUCCGGUACGAUGUCGUGUAGAAACCGAAAUGGGUGUGAUUUUCAUCCCACGCCUAACAAGUUAGCCCGCUUCCAUCUUAGAUUGCAUUAUCACUUACCAUCAGGUGAUUGUAGUCAAGGGCUAACUUUUAAAGAAUAAAAAAUGGUGAGGUAGAUUUGUUAACAUAACAUACAUUCGAGUCACACAUAUGUAGCUCAAACGAUAAAAUAGCAUUGCAUCAUCACAUAUACUAUAUACUAUAUUUAAAGGCCUGCAGGCAUAAUUUUCUUUACCAAUAAUUCCAAAACAGUAAAAGCAAAAUUGUCCAGUUUUUAAGUAAAAUUUUCAACAUGAUUGUGCGUCUUUUUAUUAUAAGAGGUCAGUGGUUUCUGUCCCUUUAUUAUCUCUUCUAAUUGUUUGAGCUACAGGACACCGCGAAUUUACUAAAACUUAAAGUUUACAUUUAUUUUUGUUAAGUUUAUAUGUUCUGUAUAUAAUGUUGUUUAUCAUAUAUCUAGUGUUAAGUUAGAUUGUAACCGCUGUAUCGUCUAUAUAAAUGUAUAUUAACUUAUACCCUAAUAUAUACUCAGAGGUAUGACGUCAUAUUAAAGUGGGCGGAUAAUUGUGCCUCUGAGUAUAUUAUUUAUAUACCAUAAGGGUGCCACCCGUCCAUUCACCAACUGCACCCAACUUUGGGUGUACCAGGAAUUCCUAUAUGAAUGACCACCCAUUUGGUUCGAUUUCCGUAGAUAAUAAUUAAUAGUUGAUGUAAAUAAAUAAAGUGUGUUUACAAAUGAAUCUCUGGGAAUGAAUGAACAGUCCAUGAAAAAAAAAAUAAAGGUUGCGUAUAUAUAUAAUCAACCAAGUUCUUAUAAAAUUCUGUUUACUCGUACAACCAUUAAAUUAUGAUUUAAAUAUUAUUAAUAAAUGAAGUAUGUUUAUAAAGAUAUGAAGCUUUGUAAAAUAAAUUUAUUAUUUAAUUAAAUCAAAUUAAAUAAGUCAGUAAUAUGAAAUCAUACUUUUAAUCACGCUUUUGAAGUGUACUUCCCAACUUUAAUACAUGCAUUUAAAUAUUGUAUAGGAGUUUCUGCACACCCAGUGGUGAGUGAACGUGUCUAACCCCAAUGUAUUUAGUAACCAAAAAAUUUUCUAAGAAAUGUGUUCACAAAAAUGUGGUCACAUUGGACCACAAUUUAAUAGAAGACGAUACUGCUCCCCUAGCCAAGUGGCACGUCGAUUCUCUUUCUAAUCAACUAAAAACUAGAAAAAUGAAAACUAGAAAAAUGUAUUGAAAUGACAGAUCUUGAACACGUGACCUGUCGAUAGCAAAUGUCAUUCCCAUACAUCUUUCUAGUUUUCGAAGCGUUAGCGAUCGUAGAAAGAGAAUCGACGUGCCAUUUGUAUAGUUACACGGGGCUAGUAUAGUUUGUCUAGAAGUUAAUUUGUCUUUGGAAGUACUUGUCUGAUUUUAAUAGCUCGUUCGUGUGUGAAUACGGAAAAGCAUCAGCAAAGCGUCUGCGUUUAAGUGCGGAUUUGAUAAACGGUUUUCGAUGUCACACUAAGUGCAUAUACGUCUUCGUAUCAAUGUGAAUAAUUUAACAAUCCGUUUCUGCUUUGUUGACGUUACUUUACGUCACACACACAAAGGCAUAUGUCAUUACUUCUAAGUCCAAAGGCACUGUAUUCUGGUAGGAGAAAAACUAUAUCAAAAAAUACUGUACUACCCUGCAGAGGGUGUAUUUUUAUUAGGGAGACAUAUAGGUUUUGCUAAAUAAUGCUCGCAUACUCACUGCCUGUACAGAUUCCAAAAAGUAAGCAUAUGCUGUCGGUACAGUCUGCAAAGAUUUAUAAUUUAUUCUUUAACUGCACGGCUAUAGGCAAACCAUAAAUGUCCUCAGUCCUCUCCUUCGCAGUACAAUGGACGUGUUGGGUUGUGAGGUGCGGGCUAUUACACGCGAAAUUAAUGAAUGUAUUGAUACGUGCUGAGGAUAGCGAGGUGCGGGCUAUAACACGCGAAAUUAAUGAAUGUAUUGACACGUGCUAAGGAUCGAGGGUUUGUCAUUGUGGAAUGAGACAAAGUUAAGCGUUACAUGCAACCCACGACCUAUUUAGUGAUGAUAAAUCGACCAAUAAUCUAUUUGCCUCUUGUAAACAGUGUUUAAACUGAAUUAUGGAAGUAUUAUAAGCUAUAUUUUAUUUUGUCCCGUCAAUAAUAACCAGUAAAAAAAUGAUAUAAAUGAAAAAAUAUCUACGUAAAAUUUUUGCCACCGAAACACAACACAUUAGCAAGUGACGUCAUUCAUAGAGAUAACAGCGUGAUUGGCGUUUGAAGUGAUGUGAUUAUAUCACGUCACCGCAAGCGCCAAUAACAAACCGAUGCCUUGUAACGAAUGACGUUACAGUUUAUGAUUAGCGUUUGCGGUGACGUGAUAAAAAUACAAUUUUGUUUUAUAAAAAUAUUACAAUUACGAGAUUAUUUUCACACAAUCGUAGCCGAGGUCACACUUGAUCGCUUUACUCCGACCUUAGUUUGUAUCGCGUUACAAGCUAGACUAACCCCGAUCGAUCAAUCAAUACAAAGUACAUCUUAUUGUAUGUGGCUAAAGUUUCUGUUUGACAGCUUUUUGGUUAAUGGGGGAAGUAGCCACGAGUAGGAGUAGGGGUACGGAAGAAGUAAGUUCUCAUAAGUCAAAGCGAAGCUUGACCGGGUCUGCUAAUUUAUGACAUAUCCUACUAUAAGUAAGAUACGAGAACCAUCUAUUUAUAUAUUUAACAACGCCGAGCAAUUGUGGACCUUAUGGUUCUAGCAAUAACAUCCUUUGUAUUAAGAAAGUGUCUGCCGCCCGCUCCUUUCUUCCCUGUACCGCGAAGUCGAGGACCCUUGCGAUUUGCCUGUAGUUUGUGUAUAUAACACGAAAGUGGUUCUUUAAGUAUAAUACAUGUAUUAUUGUAUAAAUGGUGAUUGUAUAUUGUAGGUAAUAAAAAUUUAAUAUAUUUAAUGAUUAAUCUAUGGUUGUUUGUAUGGAGUAAAGUGUUUGAAAAACAUGUUCUUUUUUACUUUCCAAAUAUUGUAUCUAUUUAAUACAUGUUUAAUCUUGUGGACUUACAAUUUGGAUUAAUAUUUAUUAUUCAUACAGUUAUUGAAUGGGCUUAAAAUUUUACUUGACUUAUACCUACGAGUAGAUACAUUAUUGCAAUUUUUUUUAAAAGCCUUGUCUGCGAAUUUAGGAAAAAGGCAAACUUUGUGAAAAAAUAAAUCGCGGCUAUAGUAUUUAUUAUUAAAAUUAAACAAAGGCUAAUUGGUCCAGUGUCCAUGAUCAAAAUUUUUUAACUGUAUGGGUAUUCAUCUGAUUUAAUUGUAGAAAUGUUGAACUACGCCAAACUUCAAGGCCGCUCUAAACACGCAGCGUAUAGUUGCACAGUGUACAAAAACAACCUAGCGGGGUGAUAUUGUCGGUGCAUUUGACUUGUUGCAACUUCAGAGCGGACUAGAAAUUUGGCGCAUAUUCGUAUACCUAAAAUGAUACCUCCAUUUCAUUUUGCUGUUAUGUAUUAACGUAACGAUAACCUAUUCUGUAACUAUGUUCUUAGACUUCGACAGUAUGAGUAUGGAAUUCGUCUCUGGUUCUCUGUCUAUAGUUCUCUCUGUAUAGUCUUUUUUUCUGUCUAUAGUUCUCUCUGUGUAGACAUAGAGAGAUAGAGACGAAAGUGCGACCCACACUGUCGACAUUGAAAAUAUCGUAUAACUCUUCUGUUUAUCCAGGAUUUGGGGAAUAUUUUUUACAACUGGUCAAACAAAAUUUCCCUGAGUAAUUUCUUCUUGACGCUAAAAUAAUUACGAAAAUAAUUUGUCUAUUCUGGUAGUUAACGACGCACGGAGGUAUUAAAGCAGAGAAUCGAUAGUAAUCAAUUGUAAAAAUGUCACCCGGAUUCUGGACUAUAAUAUAUAUAUUCUGUCUUAAUAAAUUAAAAUUUUUUGGUGUCAGUGCGCGAAUCAAUCCGCUUUGGUGCAUUUUCUAUGAGUUUAUGUAACUGUUAUUACUUAUUACAUUAUGAUGUCAGUAAACUGUCUAUAACUUUUGUA